AUGGGAGCCAAUAUUGACAGCACCAACAACAAUGGUAAUGCACCACCUGUUUUCGUUUUGAAUGGAGAGAAUUACCACCAAAUCGGGAGCCUACUGCCCAAACAUGGUGAUCAUCCGAGGUUCACUCAGUUGUAUAUCUAUGAUACGGACAACGAGCUUUCCAACUGUAUGCUAUCAGUCAGAAUGGAAGAUGACAAGAAAUCGAUUAAGAAAACUAUCAUCAAAGAGCUACGACAUAUCUUAUACAACUCGAAUUCGGGUUAUGAUGGUAGGCGUUACAACUUGCCUACAGCUUCAGAAGUUGCAGCAUUGGUCGUAGGUGAUUAUGACGCCGCAGAUUUCGAAAGGGAUGUAGUUGUUGAGGAGAGAGAGCCUUCCGUUGAGCGCCUUAGUUUCCAUCUUGAAGGCGAAGAGCCUGUUGUUUUCGAAGACCAUGAAAAUCUUGAAGAUGUCAUACAGAAACCCCAUAUUCGUGACACUAAAUUCUUGGCAUGGUUUGAGGCAAACAUAAAGUAUACUGAAGCCAAGGAUUUGACCUAUGACUUAAUAGAUGAUGAUAAAGAGUUUAUAAACGCAAUUAACCAAGCUUCUAUUUGGGGAACUGUCAGUUACAUGCGCAGUUUAUUUGUCCAAUUGUUGGUAUCAAACCAAUUUUCUCAACCAGAGGUCGUCUGGAACAAGACAUGGCAGAAUGUGAGUGAUGAUAUGCUACAUCGACAGAGAAGGGCAAUGCGUGUUCCAGAUUUGGUGUUGGAUGAUGAUCAACUUAAAAGUUACACACUAGCUGAAAUAGAAAGAUUGUUGCACAGCCAUGGAAAGAGUUUGAAAGAAGACUACCCAACCAUGCCUCGGACGGACAUAUCCCUUAUACAUGAGUCCUGCAACAGGUUGAUAUAUGAUGAGAUGAACUACAACCAGAAUAUGCUGGAGAUUGAACAUAAUCAACUAAUGUCUACUAUGACGACGGAACAAAGAGGUGUGUAUGACAAAAUUAUUUCCCGAGUAGAUGCUAACCUUCCUGAUAUUUUCUUUCUUUACAGUUACGGUGGGACAUGCAAGACAUUUAUUUGGAGAGCAUUGUCUUCUGCAAUACGCUCUAGGAAGGAAAUCGUAUUAACGGUUGCGUCUAGCGGAAUCGCUGCCUUGCUUAUACCUGGUGGAAGAACGACACAUUCAAGGUUUGGUAUUCCUAUAAUUGUCAAUGAAAUAUCAACAUGUGGGAUACAUCCAAAAAGCCCAUUAGCUGAGUUGUUUAGUGAAUGGGUGUUGGGUAUCGGAGGUGGUACUGUUGGUGUUGCCAAUGAUGAAGAUAUUAAUAUAGAAAUUCCAGAGGACCUUUUUAUUCGAAGCUCAGGUGAUCAUAUCGCUGCUAUUGUUAAUGAGAUUUAUCCAUCACUUCUAGAUGAAAUGCACGAUCCAUCUUUUUUCCAAGAUAGAGCCAUAUUAACUCCAAAAAAUUCCACUGUUGAAGAAAUUAAUGAGUAUGUUAUGUCUUUGAUUCCUGGGGAGGAAAAAACUUAUCUGAGUUGUGAUUCUCCACUUUCAACCAAUUCAUCAGCAACUAGGCCCGAUGACAUUCACACACCUAAAUUUUUAAACACAAUAACUGCAUCUAGCAUUCCAAAUCAUAAAAUUAAGUUGAAAGUUGGAGUCCCUAUUAUGUUGUUAAGGAAUUUAGACCCGAUGGCAGGCCUAUGCAAUGGAACGCGUUUGAUAGUUACUAAGAUGGGCAGAUACGUGCUUGAGGCCAAGGUUAUUACAGGAAGUAAUAUUGGGGAUAUAGUAUACAUGCCUAGAUUGUCAUUGACACCUUCUGAUACAAGGAUUCCAUUCAAGUUUCAACACAAGCAAUUCCCAAUUUCAGUUUCGUUCGCUAUGACUAUAAACAAGAGCCAAUGA